AUGGCGGGAAAAGAGGGCUUGGUUCAGCAGAUCAAGAACAUGCAGCGUAUCGACCCCACGUUCAGGCAGACUUGGUGGGACUUCUGCGAGUCCCAGCUUGGCGGCGUCCGUGAUCCCAACCGUCAUGACGAGAGCGUGUUGGGCACAUUUUUGGAACAGUACAACACCGGCGCCAUUGCUCCGUCGCCUUUCCGUGCUGAGGAAGCCUGGUGGGGCAAAGGAAAAGGCAAGGGGGGUGGUGGUGACUAUGGUGGCGGCUACGACAUGGGGGCGCAGGCCUGGGCCAUGAUGAUGGGAGGAGGUGGGUUGGGUGACAUGGUGAAGACGGGUCAGCGCGCAUCGUAUCACUACCGAACCGCUUGGACGAUCUACUGUGCCCUCUACGGCGCGGGCAAAAACGACCCGGCCAGGCAUGAUGAGAAGUUCAUCCGUGGAUUUCUUGACUACCUCGGGGAGCUGGCUACGAACGGCCUGUCGUCCAUUGCGACCUCGCAAGGAAUCAACAUUGAUGAAAUCACCGCCAGCACCAAGCGCCCUCAAGUUGGAGGGGAGCCGCCCGCCAAGAGGUUCAAGGAGGAGCCUCUUGAGAUGAAACUCCCGUUGGCAGAGAAGGUCAAGAACUUGCAAAGGUCCAACCCCCAAGCAAAGGAAGCUUGGUGGGCCUAUUGCGACUCUCAGGGCGGCGGCACACGUGACCCAAUGCGCCAUGAUACCGACUCGCUGCAGGCUUUCUUGACCAGCCAGGGCGCAAUGUGA